CUGCGGAGUCACGUGAGCCGAGUAAUAUGGCGGCUACCCAGUGAAAGCUACCGGCGCCUGGUCGGAGCUGGUCUCGUGAGCAGUUAGGUGGUGCGGGUGGAGUGUGGGACAGAGGGGUCCAGGCCCGGGUUCUGGCGCAUCGCGCGACGGCAGAGCGAGACAGGCAGGCUCGGGGCGGCGUGGUCCAUGAGCCGGCGCCGGUGGCAGCGCGGAGCCGCAGACUCCCCUGGCCCUGGCGUGGUCCCGGCAGCCACGGGCUGAGUCGCGAGGCUCCAGGACCCAUCCCAAGCUGCCGCUAUGAACCCCGAGAAGGACUUCGCGCCGCUCACGCCCAACAUCGUACGAGCCCUUAAUGACAAGCUAUACGAAAAGCGGAAAGUGGCAGCGCUGGAGAUAGAGAAGCUGGUGCGGGAGUUCGUGGCCCAGAACAACACCGUGCAAAUCAAGCAUGUGAUCCAGACCCUGUCUCAAGAGUUCGCCCUGUCCCAGCACCCCCACAGCCGGAAGGGGGGCCUCAUCGGCCUGGCCGCCUGCUCCAUUGCACUGGGCAAGGACUCGGGGCUUUACCUGAAGGAGCUGAUCGAGCCGGUGCUGACAUGCUUCAAUGACGCGGACAGCAGGCUGCGCUACUACGCCUGCGAGGCCCUCUACAACAUCGUCAAGGUGGCCCGCGGCGCCGUGCUGCCCCACUUCAACGUUCUCUUCGACGGGCUGAGUAAGUUGGCUGCUGACCCAGACCCCAAUGUGAAAAGUGGAUCUGAGCUCCUAGACCGCCUUUUAAAGGACAUUGUGACGGAGAGCAACAAGUUCGACCUGGUGGGCUUCAUCCCCUUGUUGCGGGAGAGAAUUUACUCCAACAACCAGUACGCACGGCAGUUCAUCAUCUCCUGGAUCCUGGUUCUGGAGUCCGUGCCAGACAUUAACCUGCUGGAUUACCUGCCUGAGAUCCUGGACGGACUCUUCCAGAUCCUAGGUGACAAUGGCAAAGAGAUUCGGAAAAUGUGUGAGGUGGUUCUUGGAGAAUUCUUGAAAGAAAUUAAGAAGAACCCUUCCAGCGUGAAGUUUGCUGAGAUGGCCAACAUCCUGGUGAUCCACUGCCAGACCACAGAUCCACUGAUUCCCCUUCCAGAUGACCUGAUCCAGCUGACAGCCAUGUGCUGGAUGCGGGAGUUCAUCCAGCUGGCUGGCCGGGUGAUGCUGCCCUAUUCCUCUGGGAUCCUGACCGCUGUCCUGCCCUGCCUGGCCUACGACGACCGCAAGAAAAGCAUCAAGGAGGUGGCCAAUGUGUGCAACCAGAGCCUGAUGAAGCUGGUCACCCCUGAGGAUGACGAGCCAGAUGAGCUGAAGCCAGCAGUACAGAGGCAGAGCGAACCCAACCCCAAGGACUCAGUGGCAAAGCAGGCUGGGGCAGCCAGUGGAGGCCCUGAUGGCUCUUGUGACUCGAGCUUCAGUAGCGGCAUCAGUGUCUUCACUCCAGUCAGUACUGACAGGGCCCCAGUGACCCUGAACCUCGACGGGAUCGUGCAGGUCCUAAACUGCCAUCUCAGUGACAUGACAAUUGGGAUGAUGACCCGAAUUGCAGUUCUGAAGUGGCUUUACCACCUCUACAUCAAGACUCCCCGCAAGAUGUUCCGGCACACAGACAGCCUCUUCCCCAUCCUACUUCAGACCCUGUCGGAUGAAUCUGAUGAGGUCGUCCUGAAGGAUCUGGAAGUGUUGGCAGAAAUUGCUUCCUCCCCUGCAGGCCAGACGGAUGAGCCAGGCCCAGCUGAUGGCCCUGACCUCCGAGUCAGCCACUCAGAGCUUCAGGUGCCCACCCCCAGCAGAGGCAGCCUGCUGAACACUGCCAGUACCAAAGGCUUAGAAUGCUCUCCUUCCACUCCCACCAUGAACUCCUACUUUUAUAAGUUCAUGAUCAACCUUCUGCAGAGGUUCAGCAGUGAACGGAAGCUCCUGGAGGUCAGAGGCCCCUUCAUCAUCAGGCAGCUGUGUCUCCUGCUGAAUGCAGAGAACAUCUUUCACUCAAUGGCUGACAUCCUGCUCCGGGAGGAGGACCUCAAGUUCGCCUCCACCAUGGUGCACACCCUCAACACCAUCCUGCUCACCUCCACUGAACUCUUCCAGCUGAGAAACCAGCUCAAGGACCUGAAGACUCUGGAGAGCCAGAACCUGUUCUGCUGCCUCUACCGCUCCUGGUGCCACAACCCAGUCACCACAGUGUCCCUCUGUUUCCUCACCCAGAACUACCGCCAUGCCUAUGACCUCAUCCAGAAGUUCGGGGACCUGGAGGUCACUGUGGAUUUCCUCACGGAGGUGGACAAACUGGUGCAGCUGAUCGAGUGCCCCAUCUUUACAUAUCUGCGCCUGCAGCUUCUGGACGUGAAGAACAACCCCUACCUGAUCAAGGCGCUGUACGGCCUGCUCAUGCUGCUGCCCCAGAGCAGUGCCUUUCAGCUGCUCUCACACCGGCUCCAGUGUGUGCCCAACCCUGAGCUGCUGCAGACUGAAGACAGUCUGAAGGCUGCCCCCAAGUCCCAGAAAGGAGACUCUGCCAACAUUGACUACACAGAGCUGCUGCAGCACUUUGAGAAGGUCCAGAACCAGCACCUGGAAGUGCGGCACCAGCGGAGUGGGCGUGGGGACCACCUGGACAGGAGGGUUGUCCUCUGACAUGCUGCCCAGCACAGCAUGGUGAAGGGCCUACUGAGGGGCCCAGGAAGCACUCAGGGGCUUCAGGCUGUCCCCAGGAACGUGAGGAUCCCCCAGCACUAUCAGGUGCACCCGGGCUUCAGACAGCUGGUUUCCCACCAAGGUGGGGCCCAGCCUCUGCAGUCUCUCUGUCAUGCCCCUCUGUGAAUUGAGCUGAGCUCCUGCACCUGGCCUUGUGCGGCACUGUGUGUACACAUGUGACAUGGGCACGUACAUGGGCGUGUGUGUAUAUAACCGUAUGCACAUGGGACCAGUGUGGAGAUCUCUAGUGAGUAAAUGCUCAUCCCUCUCCCCGCCCCAAUAAAGAAAUGACUCAAACGCUAA